GCCGUAUUACUCCGAGGCACUGGAGAAAGGCUACUUCUUGACCAACGCGAAUGGUAAAACCGAGACCAAGUUUCAGAAUGAAGUUGCUGGCGCUGUCGACUUCACCAAUCCUGAUGCAGUAUCCUGGUGGACGAACCGACUCUUGGCGCUUCGCAACGAGUCUGGUAUCGACGGAUUCGAGUUCACCGCUGGGGAGGUGGACUACCUGCCGCAGCCGGCCAACAUAGAGCCCAAGGAGGUCAGCCCGAUAGCCUACUCUGACGCAUUCGCGCAGACGAUCGCCCAGUUCGGCUCCAUGGUGUCGAUACAGACGGGUGUGGAGAGCCAGAAGCUGCCCAACUUCUUCCUCAUGGACAUCGUGCUAAACGCCUGGUCGGGCCACGGCGGCUACGACACGCACAUUCCCAAGCUGCUGCAGAUCAACCUGGUCGGACACCCCUUCGUGCUGCCGGAAAUGAUCGGCGGUUCAGUUCAGAACGGCAAGCCGGCAUCCAGCGAUCUGUUCCUGCGUUAGCUGGAAGCCACAGUCUUCAUGCCUGUUGUGAAAUUUUCCUACACGCCGUGGGACUACGACAACGAGACGCUGGAGAUCGCCCGCAACUUGACUGACCUGCACGCCAAGUACGCGCCGCGCAUCCUGGAGCUGAUGCAGAAGGCGGUGGAGGACGGCACGCCGGUCAACCUGCCCAUUUGGUGGCUCGACCCCACAGACUCCACGGCACAGACCAUCGACUCAGAGUUCCUUCUGGGCGAAGACAUCUUUGUGGCGCCGGUGAUCUACCACAAAAACACCGACCGAGACAUCUACCUGCCCAAGGGCAGCUGGCGGGACGAGGUGGACCCCGAGCACCCCACCAUAGAGGGCCCCACCUGGCUCCGCGACUACCCGGCGCCUCUCAACACGCUGCCCUACUUCACCAGGAUCACCUCAUCAUAGCCGUCACCGUCUGAAUCCCCGAUAUCAUCUUAGAUAUGAAGGCAAUGUUUGGAUAAUAACAACCACAGCCUUUUAAGAAUGUCACGUUGAAGCAUUACAGCUGGAAAAUUAUA